AUGUCGCCUGGUGUAUUGUCUUCCAGAUCGCAGUCGAGCUUACCUACCCCAUCUAUACAAAGUCAACCGCGGCGUAAGCGUACAGAUCCCGGUCCAUCCAGAUCUAAUUCAAGAGCCGAGUCUAACAACGAGAACUCCAAUUAUCUAGCCAACGAUGACCUAGUGCUUUCUCAAGUUCAAUCGUCACACAUCCUGCCAUUGGUAGGGCACGUUUUGGAGGAAUUGGUGACUACAGAGCGCAGUUACUGUCGGUCAUUGUACGUCUUCUCCGAAGUGGUCGCGAAAACUGUGUGUACCAAAACUGGCGUCAGUUUAAAAGACCUUCGCCUCCUGUUUCCGAGAUGUCUACCUGAAUUGUACUCAAUGCACGUCAAGCUGCUUUAUCGCUUAGAUCUUGGAAUGGCAACUCUUAACCAGGAGACUAUUUCUGUGCACAACUCGAUCAAUGCGGAUGGUCCUGCGUUUCCGGUGUCUGCUCUUCUUCGCACACUGACUGAACCCAUUGCAGACUCCCAACUCGGACCCAAGGACACCCUCCAUGGUGAAGAACCCAGCACCGUUUUCUUUUCACUUUACAAACAUUAUUUGACCCAGUUCACUGUCGCCAUGGAGACAAUGCGUCGGUUGUUGCGUCAGUCCUCGAAAUUUCGUCACACGCUUAAGGGCUUGGAAAGACACGCCGAUUGUGAGGGCUCCGAUUUUUCUGGAUUUCUCUUGGCUCCAGUUCAACGACUACCACGCUACCUGCUCCUGAUGAAACAACUUGUUCGUCAUUUAACCAAAUUGCCCGAUACAAGCCCUCCAAUUGGAGGUAUCCCCGUCAGUGAGGCUCUAGAACAUGCAAGACAGGCGGAGACCCAUCUUCACACUAUUCUGGUCCAUUUAGACGCCCAAGUAUCCAACUGCUUACCGAACCCACCGGAUAUCCCCCCCAAUCCCUCCACUGACCUAAAAUCAAGUCCGGUGCCCGUAACCACAGGAGACCAGAUGUCUCCAAGGAAACUCACUCAGGUGCACUCAGCGCGCAUUAGCGCCACUCGUGACACUGCGAAAUGCUUCUGGCCUCGGAUACGCCGAGCAUUCAGUGAAAUACAAGAUAAAAGCUCUACCUCAGCGGAUCACCCAACACAACCGCUGCCACUGACAGCCAACGCCUCAGGUGACGUAAUGGAACGUACUGAAAUCAUUGAUAAACCCUCACUCGGCUCUUCUGCGGUACCACACGAUUCAAAUGAGUCCGUCCACAUUUUCAGCAUAACUGAAGAAGACGGCAGAUCAAACGCUAGUUUUCAACUUGUGGAAGUAAACUUGGCCGAGUCGGCGACUCCAUAUUCCGAGGGCAGUAAAACUCCGGACAAACAGAUGGUUCAUAUGCAUGAAGAUCCCCUCAACCUAACCAACCUACCUGCGCUUCAUGAUCCCCAUCAGACGCAAACGAUUGAACCACAGAAGGACAACGUCACCCCAUCUUAUUCUCAUCCUGGCGGACAACUCAUGAAAUCUAAGCCACCCACUCAGUCUUUGCUCGAUUCCGGUACUCAAACUAGCCCCGCUGCUUUCACCGAUGACCGACCCGACUGCUUCAGACAUCUUUGUUCCUGUUCCAGCCUUGUUAAUUCAUCGAGAGACAUACGCCUACGGGAUCACGCGACCUUGACGGACGAACACGAUGUCUGCCUAGAGCAGCCUAUCACAUCCAACGAAUUUGUACCGUCUCUUAGUAAUUACACUCUCAGUAGUGUGCAGCGACAUAGAUCUAUGCCAACUGACCCACGAGUUCGCGGCCACAAGAAUUUCGAAGGCAUGUUGGGUGCAAUCCACUCGGAAAGGCCUAUCAGUACGCUUUUGGUGGAUUGCCACAAGCCUAUCGAAUCGCAAUCCUCAUUGAACGAAUCUUCCGGUGUUAACUGCCGAAUUGGAGACGUACAUUUAGAAUGCUCAACUGCCACUGCUCCUAAGCACAUUGAUCACCUCACUUCUGCGAGGUGGCUGCCAUCCUUAACGAGGUCAAGGCAUUCAUCCCAACUAACACAAUCCGCCAGAAGAGUGCAAUGGAAAGACAACACUACCGGCCAGCUGACAACCUCGGAGCAGGCUUGUGAAGGUGAUCGAAAGACCAUGGAUGCGAUGAAAUUUUCUCUUAUGAAUCUGUUCCGCCGAAAAACUAUCGGGUCCGAGGACAUUUCUGAUUGGAAGGAUGGAACACUACAUUCCUCCGACCUGGCCCUUCAAAAUGAAGGGGAGAAUUCAGACGGCCAGCAGCAGCAAACGCACAGCUUUACUUGUGAAGCCCAUUCAGAAACCGCUCCCUUUCACCAACCGUCGCAAUCACUUGCCUUUGUAGACGGAACCUUGGUUUCAUUGUCAUUACCCGAUAGACUGCAGCUGGAAAUGGCCUCCUCACUGAACGAUUUACUUGUUGACAACAUUGAGGAAACCGUUUUCUUGGAUGAAACUGGACAUCCUUGCUUCCAGGUCUGACGACUGCUAAUACUCGGUUUUUAGCUCCAGCAAAGCUCAAGAAGAUUAGACCUCAACAUUGGUACCGUCUUUAAAUCCACCACGGCGGCCUGUACCUUUUUUUGUUCACCAGGCAGUGUGGUUUGGCUUUAGGGCCCUUCCUCACUAACCGAAUCCGUGAAAAUAAAUGAUAUUUGAGCCGAGGAUUUGUGGUGUUCCUCCAUCGGACCGGUCGUCGGAACGCUCACUUACCACUGGGAAAUCAGUUUCUGCUCACCCUUUUUCUUAGAUGAGAGGUAGUCACUGACGGUUAUUCAG